UUUAGUCCCUUUAUUUUACUAUUAAUAACUCAAUAUUACGGAGUAGUAUGUAAUGAUUUUAAUAUGUGAAUACAAUUUUGCUCCGUUGUCACCCAUCAAUAUUUCCAAGAAAUCCCCGCUCGUUUUCCUAAGAACGAGCGCAGCAGGGGUUUCAGUUUCGGGUUUGAACUUUCAAGCUCCAGGGUUACUGGGUUUCUUUACAUGAAACCUCGCUGGAGUUGUCCAACCAUUACUGCAGUAUUUUUAUUUUGACAAUUCUAGGACCCAGUUCUGUUCUGAUUCAAAUGAGCUGUUCUUCCAGGGAAGCGGAGAAAGACACGCUUAAGAUACUUGUAGCGACAGACUGUCACUUGGGUUAUCUGGAGAAGGAUGAAAUUCGAAGGCAUGAUUCAUUCCGAUCAUUUGAUGAGAUAUGUUCGAUUGCAGAGAAAAACAAGGUGGACUUUUUGCUUCUUGGCGGUGAUCUUUUUCACGAGAAUAAGCCAUCUAGGACCACCUUAGUUAAGGCCAUUGAGAUUCUGCGCCGGUAUUGUCUCAAUGAUCGGCCAGUGCAGUUCCAAGUCGUCAGUGAUCAGACAAUGAACUUUGCGAAUACGUUUGGUCAUGUAAACUAUGAAGAUCCCCACUUCAAUGUUGGAUUGCCAGUUUUCAGUAUUCAUGGGAAUCACGAUGAUCCUGCUGGUGUGGACAACCUUUCUGCUGUCGAUAUACUUUCAGCAUGCAAUCUGGUGAAUUAUUUUGGAAAAAUGGAUCUUGGUAGUUCGGGGAUUGGACAGAUUUCUCUCUAUCCCAUUCUCAUCAGAAAGGGUUCCACAUCUGUAGCCCUCUAUGGACUUGGUAAUAUUAGAGAUGAGCGUUUGAAUAGAAUGUUUCAGACACCUCAUGCUGUUCAAUGGAUGCGACCUGAUGCAAAGGAAGGGUAUGAAGUAUCAGAUUGGUUCAAUAUCCUGGUUCUUCACCAGAACAGAGUAAAGACAAAUCCUAAAAAUGCAAUUAAUGAGCAUUUCUUGCCUCGAUUUCUGGAUUUUAUUGUGUGGGGCCAUGAACAUGAAUGUCUCAUUGAUCCUCAGGAAGUGCCUGGUAUGGGUUUCCACAUUUCUCAGCCAGGUUCAUCCGUUGCCACAUCACUGAUUGAUGGUGAGUCGAAAGCAAAACAUGUGCUCCUUUUGGAAAUUAAGGGUAAUCAGUAUCGCCCAACUAAGAUACCUCUUAAGUCAGUGCGGCCUUUUGAGUACACUGAGAUUGCUUUGAAGGAUGAGCCAGAUAUUGAUCCAAAUGAUCAAAACUCAAUUCUUGAACAUUUGGACAAAGUGGUUAGAAAGUUGAUAGAACAAUCUAACAGUAUUGAUGUAAAUGGAUCAGAGAACAAGCUUCCCUUAGUUCGAGUAAAGGUAGAUUACUCUGGAUUUAUGACUAUAAAUCCUCAAAGGUUUGGACAAAAAUACGUGGGGAAGGUCGCAAAUCCUCAGGAUGUACUUAUAUUUUCAAAAUCUACAAAAAAAGGUCAUCGCGAGGGUGCAGUGAAAAUUGAAGAUGCCGAAAGGCUUCGCCCCGAAGAGUUGAAUCAGCAGAAUAUAGAAGCUUUAGUUGCUGAGAGUAAUUUGAAAAUGGAGAUACUUCCUGUUAAUGAUUUGGAUGUUGCGCUACAUAGUUUUGUGAACAAGGAUGAUAAAAUGGCUUUCCAUUCUUGUGUCCAACACAACCUCAAGGAAACUCGUAAUAAAAUUGCUAAGGAUUCGGAUCCAUUGAAAUGCGAAGAGGACGAUUUAAUUCUCAAAGUUGGGGAGCUCUUAGAGGAACGUGUCAAAGAAAGAGCUACACUGAAGAAAGAUGACCAAGCAUUCAUAUUUAGUGGGCAAUCCUCAGAGAUCAGAAAUAGAAGUGCAGUUUCCUUUAGUGAUGAUGAGAACACAAGUCCUUUUCCUACCUCAAAGUAUACUGCUGCUAAUAAGGGCAGGAAAGAGCCAUCACCAUCUUUUAGGUCCUCUCACGAUGCUUCUGAACUUGCCAAGACUUCAUCAAGAGGAAGGGGCCGAGGGAGGGGGAGAGGCAGGGCUUCCACCAGCUUAAAGCAGACAACACUUGAUGCAUCACUGGGUAUUCGUCAGUCACAAAGAUCUGCAUCAGUUCGAAGCAUUGAAGAUGAUGCUGAGAAUGUGGACUCUAGUUCGAGUGGUGAAGCUAAUAAUACGAUAAAUGAUGUGAAUGAUAGCUCAGAUGAGGGUCAAACACUCCAAGGAAAAGGCCGCAAAAGGGCUGCCCCAGGGAGAAAGGGAAAGGGCAGAGGUGUAACUUCCACAGCUAAGAGAGGAAAGAAGUCAGAGAAUGCUUCAUCUUCACUUCAAAAGCUGCUCAUGAAGGUACACGGUGAUGAUGAUGAUGAUGAUGAUGAUGAUGAGGAAGAACUGCAAAAGAAAGUAAACAAAUAUCAACCUCGCGUAACACGGAACUACGGUGCUAUUAGGAGGUGACCUCAACUCAAGUUUUGUCCAUGUAUGAUGAACCCAACUUGUUUAGUCCGGUUUCGGUUUCAUUACCGUGGUAGGGCCCGUGCAGUGAACUGCACAAUUAUAAAGGGAGAAAUGCAAAUGUUGUUGGAAUGGAACACAUUCUGUAAUAUGUCGAAAUUUUGAUUGGAAUGGGACACGUUCAAAUGGAGCUUGGGGAUGCAAUUCGACGAAGGGCAUAAUUUAGAGCAUGUGAAUUGUGUCUGAGACAACUAAAAUGCAAGAUUAGGAUGUCGAGUACCAAAUGAUUGUAAUAUUUCAACAAAUUAAAAGUCUUAAU